GGGUCUCUCAGGCUUUCCAACUUUUGACUCAAAAGCUAGCAACAUAAGUUGAUACUAGAACAGGAAUCGCCAUAACAUCUAAGUCCCGUUUCUUGCGCAUCUUCUUUAUUUCUUUCGGUGACGGAAACGUCAGAGAAUCAUCCAUCCCUCCCUCAUGGCUCCAGUUCCCUGCGCAAUCUGCAAGACCCAACGGGCACUCAUCAAACGACCCAAGAAUCAUCAGAAACUCUGCAAGCAAUGUUUCAUCUCCAUAUUUGAGGAUGAGGUGCACCACACCAUCACCUCGUCCAAGCUCUUUUACCCAGGCGAGAAGGUCGCUAUAGGGGCCUCCGGGGGCAAAGACUCUACCGUCCUUGCCUCCGUCCUCAAGACCCUCAACGAGCGCCAUAAGUAUGGACUCGAUCUUGUGCUCCUCAGCAUUGACGAGGGCAUCAAAGGCUACCGGGAUGACUCUCUAGAGACCGUCAAGCGGAAUGCGGUCCAAUAUGACAUGCCGCUGAAGGUUUUGGGCUACGACGAGCUCUACGGAUGGACGAUGGACCAGGUCGUCGAGACGAUAGGCAAGAAGGGCAAUUGCACCUACUGCGGUGUCUUCCGUCGACAGGCCUUGGAUCGAGGAGCCAAAAUCCUUGGAAUACAGCAUGUUGUCACAGGCCACAACGCCGAUGACGUUGCCGAGACUAUCAUGAUGAACCUCCUCAGGGGCGACUUGCCACGCCUCUCGAGGAGUACGAGCAUCGUGACUGGAGACGCUAAUUCCGACGUCAAGCGAAGCAAGCCUCUGAAGUAUUCGUAUGAGAAGGAGAUUGUGCUGUACGCCCAUCACAAAAAGCUUGAUUACUUCUGCACCGAAUGCAUAUACAGUCCAGAGGCUUUCCGGGGAAGCGCAAGGUCCCUGAUUAAGGACCUUGAGAAGGUGCGGCCAACGGCUAUUUUGGAUAUUGUGCGGAGCGGCGAAGAUAUGGCCAGACUCGUCCCUGGCUCCAAGCCCGAUCCGUGUCUUUGCAGGGACGGUUCGACGCCGACUGCCCUUCCGGGCGAGGAAGAUAAUAUUGGUGGAUGUGGCUCACAGAAUGGCCGCAGUUCGGGGGGCGAAAUGGACGCGAUGGAGAAACAACUGAGAGACAAUGAAGCAUCCCAUGUCCUCGAGGUCGAUGUUGCGAAGGAGCUGUCGCAGAGAAAGCAGAAAAGCAGCGGGGGGCCUCGAACGUUACCAAUCAGGAAUGGCACCGGUAACGCAAAGGUCGUGAAAAAGCAGGUUCUUGGAAACUGUGAGCGGUGCGGUUACAUAUCCAGCCAGGCAUUAUGUCAGGCAUGCAUGCUGUUAGACGGUCUCAACAAGAAUAGGCCACAGAUACAGAUAUGAAUCUAAUCGUUUUGAAUUCCGCGUUACCCGCAGGAACAGCAGAACAGUACAUGUCAGGUACCAGUCCAUGCCUUCCGCGGCAGUCCUCGGUGUUCCCUUUAAUAUAUACAUGAG